AUGUGUUAUACUCCUUAUAAUGAUUUAGAAACAUUAAGAAUUAUUGAUACACAAUUACAGAAAAUUGAAAAAAUUACAAUGAAUAUGGCUAAAGAUUUUGGAUUGUCUACUACUUCAACAACAACCAAAGAAGUUGAAAAAGAAUCAACAAAAAUUUUAACAGAUACUACAAAAUUACAAUCAAAAUAUUUUAACAAUUUAUUAUCAGAACCAGUUUUUAUAUCUGAUGAUAAAACUUUUUUAGUUAAUCGAAAUGUUAAAUGUCAUAAAACAGGAAAAAUGCAAGUAGAAAUCGUUAAAAAGAUAAAUAUUAAAAAUUAUUCUAAUGUUAAUGUUAUAGGAAAAUUAAUUGGUUUACGUGGAAAUACAAUAAAAAAUCUUGAAAAAUCAACACAAUCAAAAAUAAUAAUAAGAGGAAAAGGAUCAAUGAGAAAUGAUGGUUUGGAGAAGUAUCUAAUUCAACAGGGAAUCUGUUAUCAUCUCAUUGAACCUUUACAUAUUCUUGUCACUACUCGUACUUCAUCUGAAGAUGGGUGUUUAGAAAAAUUAGAAUUAGUCAAAAAAAAAAUUAUUUCUAUACUUUGUCAAAAAAAAAAUACUCAUCAAAGAUAG